CGCUGAGACACACACACACACACAUCAGCAGGACGCUUCACGAGCACGGACUCACUGAACUGUGUGGCACCCCAGGGGCUCGGCGACAAACGCAGCAUGAAAAGAUUUGAGCGCAUCUCGAUCUUCUGGCUGUGCUGUGUGUGAGGUCGAGACGAGCGGAGCGUCAUGUCAGAGCCGUUUGACUGUGAAAGCUGUAAAGAGUCUCUGUACGGACAGAAAUACAUCCAGGUGGACGACAAGCCUCACUGCGUGCCCUGCUACGACCGGCUGCAUGCCAACACCUGCCACGAGUGCAAAGAGCUGAUCGAACACAACUCACGGGAGCUGUAUCAUGAGGACAGGCAUUAUCAUGAGCAGUGUUUCCGCUGCUCGCGCUGCAGUCGAUCACUGGCUAAAGAGUCCUUCACCUGUCAGGAAGACGCUCUGGUGUGUAACAACUGUUACUGCAAUGAGUUUUCUUCUAAUUGUGUGGCCUGCGGGAAGACUGUGAUGCCAGGCUCUAAGCGGCUGGAGUAUGAAGACUGUGUGUGGCAUGAGGAGUGUUUUGUUUGCUGUGGUUGUGAGCAGCCCAUCGGCGCCCAGUCCUUUAUUCCCGAUAAGGACGAGUACUACUGCGUGCCCUGUUAUGAGGGACGAUUCGCUCCGCGCUGCGCUCACUGCAAACAGACCUUGGUUCAGGGUGGUGUUACGUACAGGGACGAGCCCUGGCAUAAAGAGUGUUUCCUGUGUACGGGAUGUAAAGUUCAGUUAGCCGGACAGCCUUUCACCACGCAGGGUGAAGAUCCAUACUGCGUCAAGUGCUUCAGCAACUUGUACGCCCAAAAAUGUGCCGCCUGCGAAAAACCCAUCACAGGUUUCGGAGAAGGGAAGUACGUCUCGUUUGAGGAGCGUCAGUGGCAUAAGCCGUGCUUUAAAUGCUCUGUGUGUUCACUGUCUCUGGUUGGUGCUGGAUUUUUCCCCCAUGGAUCAAUGAUUCUCUGCAAAGGUUGCAAUACCAAAAAACUGUUUCAGAUCGUUUGUGAACAGACCAUUGAGUAAUUAAACAUUUAUAUAUUGUUCAUAAUUUAUACAUUGAAUGUAUAUGCAAGUUUUGGUGUAACACUCUCCCAACUCUCCCUGUUAAACAAGGUUUCGGCAGGUUUGAUGAAGCAAGUCAAUGCGUUCUUUGAAUGCUAAUUUUUAAGCAAGCAAUGACUUGUAAUAAAUUAAAUGCAUAUUUCUUUUAAAAAAGGUUUGAAUAACUCCAAAAAUAAAUAGAUUUUACUGUAACUUAUUAUUAAACUGCAAAAAAGUAAUGUUUUUCUUGUGUAUUUUAGGUUUAUUUUACUGGGGAAGAUAUGAUUUCAGAUUCUUAAAUCAAGAAUAAUUUAAAUGGGAAGCAAAAUGAUAAGACAUACGUCUUGUUUAAUUGUAAAACUGAUCAAAAUGAAGCAAGUUUUGAGUUGAAACAAGAAAAAAUAGCAGCAAAAACCCUUAGAUUUUUAUUCAUUCAUUCAUUCAUUCAUUCAUUUUUUCGACUAAGUCCCUUUAUUCAUCAAAGGUCACCACAGCGGAAGGAACCGCCAACUUGUGUUUUACACAGCGGAUGCCCUUCCAGCUGCAACCCACUUCAUGGAAACAUCCAUACACACUCAUUCACACACACAUACACUACAGCCAAUUUAGCUUAUUCAAUUCACCUAUAGCGCAUAUGUUUGGAGGAAACCCUCGCCAACUCCACAUAAAAAUGCCAACUAACCCAGCUGGGACUUGAACCGGCAACCUUCUUGCUGUUAGGCGACAGUGUUAAACACUGAGCCACCUUGUCACCGGUCUAUUUUUUAUUUUUUUACAAAUUCUCAGAUAUUUAUUCUUAUAAUAAACAUAAAUUUACUUUACUGUUAAUUUUUUUUUCAGGAAUCAUGAACUAAUUUCUUUAUCAAGCAUCUUAAGAACAUGUAUUUUGAUUUAGGGAUGUUUAGACGUUCAUAUUGAGAAAAAAACUGAACUAAGAUAUUUAUAUUUUGCAGUCCAUUCAGCAUUUAAUGCCACCACUUAAUGACUUUAAACCUUUCUGCUUUGAUUUAAGACAUUAUAAAAGGAUGAGUUAGAAAUUUCCCCCCUCAUCAUUGUAGUGCUUUUAUGUUUUUAAUUCAACAUUUGAGUUAUUCUCAUAUUUAAUUCAACUCCAGGCCUUUGCAACAAUCCUUAACGCAAAAUACUUUUUACCAAUAUACACACACUGACCCAAAUGACUGCCAACAGUGAAGGUGUGUGUUUAAUGAGACAUUGAGAUCCAGGACUGAAAAGAUGUUGUUUGUGUGAAACAGUGAAUUUUACUGCACUCCUGUAAUGCACUAAUGCAUGCUUUUAAUAAUUUUCACAUGAAAUAUUCACACAUUCAUUUGUUUCUUUCGAAGUAUGUUUGAUAUUUGAUUGUAUUUUUUACAUAAUAUGAAUGCUCUCUGUAAAACUGCUCAAGCUGUUGUAAUUCCAUUCAUAAAAAAUGCUUGUAACAUAAAAAUACUUCAAGGUUCGAGUGAUAUUUUCCCUUUUUUUUUCCAAAAAAUAAAAAUAAAUUUUUUACACUGAA